AUGGAGUCGUGGCGCCCAGCUUGCGGAGGGACUGGGUGGAAAGCUAGCGUAGGCUAUGGAGGCGGAAGUGGGAGAGACCAAGAGGAAGGUGGCCGCAUGAAGAUCGAGCUCUUUGCAGACGUUGUGCCUAAGAUGGCCGAGAAUUUUAGAAAAGAUGGGGUUCCAAUAGGAUACAAAGGGAGCACCUUCCACAGGGUCAUAAAAGAUUUCAUGAUUCAGGGUGGAGAUUUUGUUAAUGGAGAUGGUACUGGAGUCGCCAGUAUCUACUGGGGGCCAUUUGCAGAUGAAAAUUUUAAGCUUAGACACUCAGCUCCAGGCUUGCUUUCCAUGGCAAACAGUGGUCCCAGUACCAAUGGCUGCCGGUUUUUCAUCACCUGCUCUAAGUGUGAUUGGCUAGAUGGGAAGCACGUGGUGUUUGGAAAAAUCAUUGAUGGACUUCUGGUGAUGAGAAAGAUUGAGAAUGUUCCCACAGGCCCCAACAAUAAACCCAAGCUGCCUGUGGUGAUCUCACAGUGUGGAGAGAUGUAGUCCAGAGGAAGACUGAAUCAGACCCUCCACAUCUGCCAUGGCAGGCCUUGCCUUGCUUGGGGUGAUGCUCUUGAGUAAGAUAAGCUGGAUUGGCCCCUGUGGUUGCUUCCCUGCCUGCUGCUGCCCCAUUUGAUCAAAAGACCUUGGAAGUAUCACAGACUCAGAAGCCAAGAUUUUGU